UCUCACGUCGUCCACACUCUUACACUCACCUUAUCCAGAGCAGAACUAAAAAUACUCCUCUCUCCAUCUCUUUCCCCUGUCUGCAAAUCCCUCCUCCUUACAAACAGCAAUUGGCUUGACAGGCUCUGCAGACAUGGCGACAACAACGGCGGUUAUGUCUUCAGCGAGUCCAAGAGCAGCCAUGGUGAAUACCUUCACACAAACUAAGAAGAAAACAGACAUGAAGAUCUCUUACAUAAGAGGAAUAAACUCUUACGGUGGUCUGAAAGCACAGAACAAGGCUGUCUCCAUGGGAAUGCCAAUGUCUACCGAGCAAUGUUUCGCCAAUGUUGUUACGGCACUGAAGGGAAGAAGAGGAGGCAAUGGUUCUCUUUCUUCGACUUGUAAUGCGGUUGGAGAGAUUUUCAGGAUAGCGGCUAUCAUGAACGGUCUUGUUCUUGUUGGUGUUGCGGUUGGAUUCGUUCUUCUACGUAUCGAAGCAUCUGUUGAGGAAGCCGAGUAAAUAAUACAUAUGCGCCUUUACAUAUUGUGUUCAAUCGAGCUGUCAAGACUCGGGUUCAUUUCACAUUUUUAUGCAAUGUAGCAUUUUCGUUCCUUCUCUUGAUAAUCUCUUCCUUAGCAUAUUGCGUGUGUCUAUUGAUCUA